CUAUAACCGGACGUCUAAAAGCGUUUUAUUCCUCCUACACCGGUGCAAUUUUACCAACCGUGACUAUUUAAUAAUAAUUAAAGAACCAUGUUGUGCUUUUUUUAUCCGUUUCUAGUUACAGUAAACAUUGUGGAACGUCCACUUAUGUUACAGCACCUAUAUACAUACACCUGUCAUGACCGAUGCGUUAUGGGCCUAUCGUACGAUAUGUGGACGUGACCUCGAACGUUAUUACCAACCUCGAUAUCGCCAACGUUUUAGCCGUUCGCGCUGCUUCCGUCCUCUCGUCCGCUCUAGGGCUGUCGGAUUAAAAUUCCAACUUCGAAUAUUCGUCGGAUUUAAGAUAAAAUCGCACAUUCGAAUAUAAAAACGGCGUGUGUUCGUAUUUAAGACGUGUGUAUCGCGAGCACUAGCAGCGGUUUUAAUUAAAACCCUUGAAAACAACAGGUCUGAUAUUAACGGUGCAGUAACGGUGUUUUUAGAAGAAGGUAAAUGUAGAAGGAAUAGCUGUAGUGUUUCAGAUAAUCCAGUCGUAGUCAGUAAUGCGGGGGAUCGAGGAGGCGUUUAAUCUGCGUGAGCUGAAGCGGAGCGGUGACGGAACGGCGGUGAACUGAAGCGCUUUACUAGCGGGUUAAUGAAUUAACUCGCCCGAACGCUUCCUAUACACACACGAGAUUAAUCAGAUAUUUACACACAGCAUAAACACAAUAUUACAACUUGCCAACGCACUUAACGACGCCAAGUUGAACUAACGUUGAAGUACGGCACUAGCUAGGGUAGAACGGGUAAGCCGCGUCGUGAAUACGCCGUUUCCAUAACAACGCACUGUGAAGAACUAAAGCGUAAAGAACGCACGAUAUCGUAUUGCACCGUCUGAAUAUUCUUAAUAAUUAAACGUUCGUUGCUCUUUGAAAGGGCACACUUGCAUUAUUGUAUAAUACACUAUCAUGUCAUCAUUGUGUCCGUGGCUUAAAGCGACAAUAAUAUCGUUUAUCGCAAUUACUUCUGGGACGAUAUAUCGUCCGACACAAGUAUCGCCAGGCCUACAGUAUAUACCAACGUUUCCUCACCACGUCUCUCUUUAAUUCGUUAAUAAGUUGUUAAUGCUUUACUUGUUUAGAAACAGAACUGCGUGACCCAGGAAUAAAUUGCCUCAAUGUGUCUCGGGGAGUGAAUCUUUGAGUCGAUUCGUUUUCAGUUUGAUCCGGUUAAUAUUACUAGGUCAUAUGUGUUCUAUUGUAUCGUACGUGUCUGGAAAACGUCUUCAAGCGUCAUGAGCGAUUUUCUUUAACCAUAUGAUUUGCAGUGCAGUUUUAUUAAUAGGUUUCCUUUGUCCUACAUAUUUAUUCGAGAGCACCUGGGUUUAAGGGCGGGGUGGAGAGACUAAUCGGUGUUUGCUUGUGUUUGGUCUGUACUCUCCGUAUUAAUCACAUUUCAGUAUAACCUGCUUACAGGAAUGUGCAGUGCUGUGUGCGCCAUGCUGACGUUGGCCAGCAUCGCUGUGUGGAAAAUGUUUGUGUUUCAUAAUCAUCAUCUCUCCCUUCAGUUUUAGCCGGAGUUCAGCUGGCGUUAGUAAGACGAUGAUUUAUUUACCCGUCGUUUCUGGCACGACGAAGUGUUGCUCAACGCUCAGGCACAUCGUUCCAAAUGUUUGCUUUUAGCCUUUUUUUUUAUUGCCCGCGGUCUACAAGUGGUCGGUCGGCGGUUUGCUCGCAGGAAUUAAGGGAAUAUUAACGAAGUUUAACUCGGCUCGACGCGGCUCUUGCAGAUGCCACGGUGUACCGUUGGACGCCUUCCGACAUUCAGAAAAGGAUUUCUUUUCACCAUCGUACCUUACGUUAGAAACACAGCAGCGGGAUUAAUACCACCUGAGAUCUGAGAACGGCGUAGUCAUCUGAGGGAUCGAGAUACGAGACACACACACACACACACAGAGGAAUGGCUGGCGGAGCUCCGGUGUCUCCUCGUCUCCUCAGGCCUGAGCGAGUGAAGCUGUGAGCCGGGCGGUGCAUUGUCACCGGAGAGGAAUGAUUUAGCAGGGUGGCACCAGCUGUGCACGUCAAAAAGAGGAGGAAGAGGAAGAAGAUGGGGGUUAAUGCCUCCAGCUAUCCUCACUCGUGCUCCCCCCGAUUCGGGGGACAUUCACCCACCCAGCAGACCUACAUAGGCACAUCCUAUGCACCCCAGGGUUAUGGAGUCGAGUCGAAGCUUUACAGCUUGGAGCAUUGCCCCGAGAAACCUCAGGACAAGAAGAAGAAGAGCUCGAGCCUGGCCACACUGAAGCGGCGCUUCAUUAAGCGGCGCAAGGCGAGCCGCUCGGCCGAUCACGCACGCCACAUGAGGGAUCUGCUCUCGGGCUGGGACGUACGCGACGUCGCCGCCCUGGUGGAGGAGUAUGAGGGCACGGCCGCGCUCAAGGAGCUCAGCAUGCAGGCGUGUCUGGCCCGCCCCGAGGCCCGCACCCUGCCCCGGGACCUGGCCUCUCUUUACCAGCACAAAUACUGCACAGACGUGGAGCUGAUCUUCCAGGACACGCGCUUCACCGCUCACCGAGCCGUCCUGGCCGCACGCUGCCCCUUCUUCAGGACUCUGCUGUCCUCAUCGCCGGGAUACAGCACCCAGCUGCUCCUGGACGUGGGCACGGCGGGGAUGGAUGCCUCCAUGUUCUCGGCGCUGCUGCGUUACCUGUACACGGGCGAGUUGGGUGCCGAAGACGCCCGCCUGCACAACGUGGACGUCUUAGUGCGGCUCAGUGAGGAGUUCGGGACGCCCAGCUCUCUGGAGACGGACAUGCGCGAGCUGCGGCAGAGAAUGUGCUACUACGACUCCGUGCUCUGCUUCUCGUCCGACUCCGAGCCGGACGAACCUUUCGGAGUGGACCCGAGCGGAGAGGAGGAGGAACUGAAGGCCCAUAAGGCCGUCCUAGCGGCGCGCUCGCCGUUCUUCCGGAACCUGCUGCAGCGGCGCGUGCGCGCGGCCGAAGAGGAGACGGUGCCAGCGCGCAUCGUCCUGAACGAGUCCAUCAUCCCGCGGAAGUAUGCCGGCGUGGUGCUGCACUGCAUGUACACGGACGCGGUGGAGCUGGAGCGCGUGGUGCGGAGCAGCCCCUCGGCCGGGAGUCUGGGUGAAGCUCAGGCUUUAGCUGCCGGGAAGGGAAGCAUGAGCAGAGCCGAGGAAGCCAUGGAGCUGUACCACAUCGCCCUGUUCCUCGAGUUCAGCAUGCUGGCACAGGGCUGUGAGGACAUCGUGGUGGAGAGCAUCUCUCUGGACUCGGUGGUUCCGAUCCUGAAGUGGAGCUCCCAGCCGUACGGGUCUAAGUGGGUCCAUCGUCAGGCCCUGCACUUCCUGUGUGAGGAGUUCAGUCACGUGAUGACGUCAGACGUCCUGUACGAACUGAACAAGGAGUACCUGCUGGGGGCCAUCCAGUCUGAUUACCUGCAGGCCAGCGAGCAGGAUGUCCUGAAGUACGUGGUGAAGUGGGGAGAACACCAGCUCAUCCGAAGGAUGGCCGAUCGAGAGCCCAACCUGCUGAGCGGCACGGCCCACAGUGUGAAUAAGCGCGGCGUGAAGAGGCGUGAUCUGGACCUGGAGGAGCUGAAGGAGAUCCUGUCCCCUCUGCUGCCCUGCGUGCGCACCGAACACAUCCUGCCCACCAACAGCGAGGUCCUCUCCGACACGCUGAAGCGAGGUCUGAUCAGCACGCCUCCGGCAGACAUGAUCCCCACGGUGGAGGGAGGAAAAGCCAACGCCUGGCUGAGGCAGAAGAGCGCUGGCAUCUACGUACGACCCCGCCUCUUCACUCCGUACGUGGACGAGGCCAAGGCCGUCCUGGACGAGAUGAUGGUGGAGCAGACGGACUUGGUGAGGCUGCGCAUGGUGCGCAUGUCCAACGUUCCCGACACUCUUUACAUGGUCAAUAACGCCGUACCCCAGUGCUGUCACAUGAUCAACCACCAGCAAAUGGCUGGCAGCCAGACGGCCCCGCCCUCAGUGGUGGCCAAUGAGAUACCAGUUCCCAGGCUAGCAGUGGUGAAGGAGAUGAUUCGGCGGCUGCACGAGCUGCGGCACACGGAGCAGGUACAGCGGGCGUACGCCCUGAACUGCGGUGAGGGAGCGACGGUCAGUUACGAGCUGCAGAUCCGAGUGCUCAGGGAGUUCAGCCUGCCUGAUGGAGCUGCAGAACUGCUUCAGAACCCGCACAAGUUCUUCCCUGACGAGCGUUUCGGAGAUGAGAGCCCAGUGCUGGCCCUGCGUCCAUCCGCUCGCUGUCGGGUUAACAGCACUCCGGCUGUGGAGAGCAUGUUCACAGACCUGCAGACCGUAAUGGGCCUCCAUCCGCCCCUGCCUCCUCCACCGCCGCCGUACCACCCCCCCACCACACAGCAGAUCCGGAGUGGCUGGAGGCCCCGCGUGCCCACCCAGCAGCCCUCACGCUCCUUAUCCUACCCAUGUAAUCACUCGCUGCUACACACACAGGCCUCCUCCAAAAUGGCCAGCCCCAUUUAUUCAGUCACGGGGGUCAAGGCCGUACCUCCGGACUGUACCAACCAGCAGGGGAGGGUCCUCAACCCCAACAAGAAAGGGAACAUGGAGCCGGUCAUCAACGAGUUCAUGCCGGACAUCGCCAUGGGCGUGUCGGCCAUGAGUCUGAAGGACCGCCGCCUUCCUGAGGUCACCAUGGAGGUGGAAGGUCGCGACCCCCGCCCUUUGGUCUCCACGGUUCCGCCCGUCUCUCAGUGUUUCUCCAGCCGCCACCCGCACUCAUCACGCAAGCGGCACGCGGCCGAGCCCAAACCCGACGCGCCGCAGCACACACACUUCCCCGACCUGUACGAACUCUACACGCACGGCCGCACCGACUCCGCGCACAGGCUCCACCUCGCCCUGGGAGCUCAGGCCAACCAGAGAGCGCCUCCUAAAGGAGAGACGGACCUGACCUGCGGCCUGAGCCCCGACACGGAACCGUACGAUGAGUGGAACCCGAGCCGAAGACUCGCCGGCGCCGGCGCGUCGGGGACGGGAGAAGAGGGAGGAGGGAUCGGGGCUCGAGAGCGCAGGUCGCCUAACAAACACGAAUACCUGUACAGGAAGUCGGCACUAUGACCCUGGAGAGAGACUCGAGAAGGCUUUAAGGCACAAAAUUUCAGAUUUAAUGCUGGGGUUUGAUUACAGGGCGGGGAAAUAUGAUGAAUAUAUAUAUCUUGUCCACGUUUUAUUUUCAAUAUUUAAACGCCCUCGAUAAGGGCGCUGAAGCUAAAACUCACUUGGGUUACUGACAAUCAGCGUAGAAUCGAGUCCCCGAGCCCGAGAGCCGUCACCGUGCGCUCCCGUUACGCUCGUUUUCCUCCGCCUGCGAGUCCAACACACUCUGAGCUGAGAGAAGGAGAGAGAGAGAGAAAUAUAUACUCACACAGACGUAUUAUGCAUUUAUCUUUGCUUAGGAAUAAACCGUGAAAUAAAAACGUCCAGGCAAUAAGUCACCUCAUCCAAACAUCACAUAAACACGAGGUUCAUUAACCACGCGCCGGGUUGAACUACCAGCACUGCGUUCAGCACUAAAGCGGGAACUAGCUUUCACUUCCCAUCAUAACCCUGAAAUGUAGAAUUGCUCGUCUUUUCAUCUAGAAGUCCGUGUUUACGGAUGGCUAGUUCGACAGACACGCUAACCUUCACACGCUUUAACAUCGCUGCUACGCGUUACCGCUCAAAAAUAUGCAAAAAAACACUCCAGACGAUUCGACUGACGCGUGAAUCCGGAACAGCGUCGGUGUUUUGCGCUCGCUGAUAUUGAUGACGUUCUGGAAGCUCCGCCCCCUUCCCCUUCCCCUCGUCUCACAUCGGUAGCUUAAUCCGCUCGCGCGCUUGUUUUAUUUCAUUAACUGGAAUCUCUGCGUGCGUUCCGCUUCACUAACGUCGUGGUUUUUCCUUCGUGAUAUUUCUUUUUACAUCCUGUUGUUAGGAUUAUGCAAAUUAGCACUGGGCAUCGUGACAGAACUGUAUCACGAUACAUCCCCAGGUGUUUCUGCGACACGCCGAAGUUGCGCCGCAUUUAAAAAUAAACCUUUUUAAAAAUGAGUUCGAGGAUACUUCUAUUUAAUACGUACGAAAAUACACGAGGUUAUUCGUCAUGAUAUCCCGGAGAAAUGUACCGCGGCGUAUCGUAUCGUAUCGUAUCGUAUCGCCCGGCUCAAACUCUAAACACAUCUAAUACGUUAAAAUGAUGACGAAUCACUAUGUGGAAACACACGUUAGUGUUCUUCUUUCUUUCAGCCCCUCAGUUUGAGAGCCGCUGCUCGGGUGUCAGUUACACGGCGUUAAUCAUCGACGGAUUUCUUAGCGUUUUUGUUUAUCUGGUGAAUUACGGCGGUUUAAAAUAAAGCACUCGAGAGCGCGAAUAACGCGGAACGUUUCCGAUCUUAAACACCCGAGCACGUGUGGAGUUUAAAAACAGUGAAAAGUCCCGGUUGUCACGGUUUUCGAGCUGCACGCACCUGGCCGCGUUCCUCCACGCUCCGGCGUUCUCACUUCACAACAGUCCACUCUUUCAUCUUCUGCCUCUUCCUUUUCUAUACGUAUACACACCUUACACUCAUCCUCCAGUACAUCUGCGUUUCAUCAUCAUCAUCAGUCCUGGAUGAGAACUCGUAUCUGUUUAUCGUUUUGUUUAGUUUUGAAUUCGCCUUUUUGAUGACCUCACACGCGAACCCACCUUCAUCCUGCGUCGAAGCCGGAGAUCUCACAUGCUGCGUCGAGUAACCUCGAUGAACACCACUAUAGCAGCCUGAACUUCAGUCGCCUCAGAUUCCUCUCUUCCUAUCCUUUCUGAGAAUAACAAAAGGAUAAUCUCUCUGAUGCAGUCGCUGAUGCGUGAUAUAUGCAGCUUUACACUGUUUAUUUCAUGUUUCAUGGUACUGUAACGUUACGCUCACCUGUGCAAGCUGGAAUCAGGGAUCUGUCUCGUCUCGUCUCCUCGUCUCGCUCGUAAGGAAGGCUCUCCUCCUCUCCUCCUCUCCUCUCCUCUCCUCUCCUCCUCUCCCCUCGUCUCGUCUAGCCCAGUCCGCUGCCGAGUGCAGUGCUUUCUGCCUUUCCGUUAAAAAGAAAGAAGUCAGUGUUUUAUUAGUAGGGCCUGCGUCAUUUUGUUUUUAUUAUUUAUUUUUAAGCGCAGACUCGUAAUGCUGCAAGGCCUGGACGCUAGGACGCUAGGACGCUACACCUCUACCUCUGUUUUACCUGUCCCCGCUUCUGUGUUGUGGAACUCGGAUCGUUUCAGAACUCGUCAAUCAGCCUUAUUUUUUUAAACCUAUAAUCUCCGGAAUCGUCUUUACACCUGCAUCAGGUGAGUAAUGAGGGUUCAGUGAUGCUGCCCGGACCUUACCAUUCACACCGUUAAUCUAAACCGGAGUUGACGCGAACGAGCGACACGUGGGGUUUUCUACGUACGUGCCUGACACCGAGCCGCCGCCGCCGCCGCCGCCGCCGCUUCAGAGACGCAAGACAAGACGUUUGAAAGAAAUUUUCUCAUUUCUAUGCAAAUUAGCUGUGAGGCCGUAGAGAAGCGGCGCACCCGAGCGAUUGGCCGGAACCGUACGGAACAGCGCGCGCGGUCCGACGCGUCGUCGGUUCCCUUAUUAGUUCUGCAAAAACGCUAGAAGGACUUGGCGCCGUACACCACCGCGUAUUACGGAGAACAAUAAGGUUUGGAAGAAAGGGAGCAGCGGGUUAUGGAGGGUGACUCGGGUCAAAGGUUACGUCGGUAGUAGCUAGCUAGCUGACUAGCGUGAAUUCGAGGAUGUAACGUAACGUAAAUCAAACAGGUACGGAGAAGACGACUCGCCGUAUACCAAAAGCGAUUCACUUUCUGCAGGUGAGUCGAUUCCGAGUCGAUUCACCUCCUCGUUAGAGUUCACUGGGACGAUUCAGAGAGAGAUUUACUCGUUUAUUCGAUCAUUUCAGAAAGAUUUCGCUGUGUGAAUCUGAGCACUAAACACGGGUGUACUCUCACGUGACCGAACGUGCUGCGAGGAAUUGUUAAGGGCUUGCCUUCGCAACAAUAAGGAUAGAAAUCUUGUGUGUGUGUGUCUUUCUAAUUUACUUUUCAUUCUUUACUCCUCUCUCUGUUCCCUCGUUCUUUUUAUCCUUCCAUUUUCUCUAUCCUUUCUUUCUUCGUCUCUCUCGUUUCUCUUUUUAUCCCUUCAUCUCUUUUUCAGCCGUUCCCCCACCCUGUUGUCACUCUUCCUUUUCAACCAUCCGCUCUUCUUCUUCUUCUCGUUUUUCCAUCCUCUUUUACUUUCCGAUCUUUCGUCUUGUCCUCUCAGUACACACGCGUUUUAUCUUUUUUACUUUCUAUUUCCUUUCUCUUUCCUCGUCGUGCUUUCCAUCCUUCAGUCUACUUUUCUUUCGGUUCGUUUCAUCAUUUUUCCUUCCUCUCGUCUCCUUAAUCCCCUCCGUCCGUCUUUUUACCUCUCGCACGUGAUCAUUUCCCCCCUUCUUCUUCUCCCUACUCGAUUUCAACCUCUGUUUUUCCGUCCUGUCUGUUUUCCUCUCCUCUGUUUUUCAGUUUCAUUUAUUCCUGUCUCUCCUUACUCUACAUCCUUUUAUCUCUCAUUCCUGUCCGUUCUUCCUUCCUUUUCCUUUUCUCUCUAUCCAUCUUUCCCCAUCUGUUCCAUGCUGAUGUGUGUGUGAGAUACGAGCUGAUGAUAUCAUCUCGUGCACACAGACACCGCUCAGUCCUGUUACAGCUCUGUGUGUGUGUGUGUGUGUGUGUGUGUGUGUGUGUGUGUGUGUGUGUGUGUGUGUGAGAGAGAGAGAGAGAGGGACUACAUUACAGUCAGAACAGACCUGCAGGGGUCUGGUGAUUGAGGUUUAAACCCAGGCUGGUCAUUAGCUGAUAAAUGAAUCCUGCACUACAUUUCAGAGUAACUCCUCCGCGUCUCUCAGAGUGUGUACCGUGUUCUCCGAGUUCUGUUGCCCGACCCGGGUCCGGACGGGUCUGUCUGCACGGCUGGGUUAAGCGUCGGUCAGUGAGAGGGAAAUAAACGCACGUUCCGGUGUAAUCGCUGAUCUCCGCGUGCUUUAGCCUGCUUUAGCUUUUCUCUCUGAUGAUAUCCGAGUGCCUUCAUGCCCGAGGCCGGGCGUGUCCUCCUCCUCCUCUUCCUCCUCCUCCUCCUCCUCCUCCUCUCUGUCUUAUGCAAGCCAUUUCUACAAGCCUGCGUCUCUCUGUAGGCCCGUAGCCCAGGCUCUCGUCUACACAGAGGCUCAUUUUGUUUCCUUUUCUUUCUUUCUUGUUUAGCUUUUUGUUUUCUUUUCAUUUAUUCAAAGAAUAUUUUUCAAGAUUUUUGGUACCUUUGAAGAGAAGCCUUGUAGUUCUGACGUGUGAAAAAGUGUAAAGAUUUAUAUAUAAAUAUCUAUAGAAGACGUGAUUCGGUGUAUAUACACACGCAUAUAAAUAUAUAUAUAUAUAUAUAUAUACACCAGGAGCAAAGCUUUUCUUUUACAUUCUUGUACGGACUUCUCGAGAGAAGUGUCUAUUUUUCUACUCUUCUCUGCGCCGGGGUGUAACGGAGAUCUUCUCUCUGCAGUUAGAUGGAAAUAAACGGCUUUGACACAAACGCCUCGUCUCCGUUCAUCUCUCUUCUUCAUCGCGUGGCGCCGACGGCGAAACACAGUCUGUACUUUCUCUGAAACACCGUCAUGUUUAUUAUUACGUUCUGUUCCCUUCUCAUCCUUCCAUCUUUUUUUAAUAAUAAUAAUCAGGGAAGGGGCGGGGCUACGAGCCAUCUCAGUUUGUGAUGUCACUACAUGGAGUAAAACUCCACAGAUGUUGACAGAGCCAAGAUGGAGGCCGGCGUGGUAACUGGGAAGCCUGUGUGCUAAGCUAUACGGCUAACUCGUCAGCUAGUGCCGAACUGAUAGCAGUUGCUAUGGUAACAGGUAUGUGUUAAAAAUU